AUGGAUGGGAAAGGAAAAAACCCAAUCUGGAUCCCGGACGGUUGUAAGACACGUCAGAGCAAUGGCAACAUCACAUGCCAAUGCUCUCAUCUAACAUUUUUUGCAGUACUAAUGUCACCUCCGCCUGGAAACAUAAGUUCCUCUGAUUUUCGAUCUCUGUCGUACAUCACGUCUAUUGGCUGUGGUGUGUCCAUGUUUUUCUUGGCAGUGGCUCUCUUCAUGCAUUUUACUAUCAGGAAAAACCGUGUGAGCCUUGGCAUUAAAAUCUUGAUGAAUCUCUUUCUUGCCAUGUUCACCCUGAACUUGACCUUCUUGACAAAUGAGUUAAUUGCAAACCUGGAAAUCUUUGGUGCAUGUGUGACAAUAGCUGUUUUUACACAUUACUUCAUGCUGGCUACCAUUACCUGGUUUUUCAUGGAGGCACUACACUUGUACUUUAACCUGUGGAAGAACCCCGCUGAUAUCAAACAUUACAUGAUGAAGAUUUGUGUCACAGGAUGGGUCACACCAGCUGCAGUGGUGAUUGUUCUUCUUGCCCUGAGAAUGUAUGACUACAUGGUCAUUUAUAUUGAUGAUGGCAACUCAGCUAAAAUGUGCUGGAUCUCGAAUCCCAUUCUUCACCAGGCUGUGAAUGUUGGUUACUAUGGGGUAGUUUUCAUCUUCACCAUUUGCAUAUUUAUUGCAACUGUGCAAACCAGUCUACGAUUCAAGGCUGCAAUAAGGAAAAGUCAGGACAACAACUCUGUAAACUCAAACUCGUUCUCCAUUUUGGGCCUGUUCAUCAUGUUGGGCAUCACCUGGGCCUUUGCUUUCUUCAGCCAUGGACCUCUGCUCAUAGCCUCCUAUUACAUCUUCACCAUCCUCAACUCCUUUCAAGGUUUCUUCUUGUUCAUCUACUACAUCAAAAGCAGCAAAACUGUUGCAGAGAAGGAGGCAAGAGCAGUAUCCACAGAGCCGGGAGUCUGA